GCUGCUUUUUUGAAAAUUAGUUUGUAAAAAAAUUUUUUUUUCAAACUUUUCUCACGAUAGAAAGUUUUUUGCAACAUUUCAGAAUCUAAUAGCCGGAGCUCUGUUUGACGUUUUGUUUGGUUUUCUUCUGGUAUGCACCCUCACAACAGUUGGUUCAACACUAUGUUAUCUUCUUUCCGAGUUUUUCGCCCGUGAAUACGUUUUUUAUUAUGUCGGCCAACGUAUCACCUACUUACAGCGGAAGCUGCAGUUGGAUUCGGGCAUCCUGGUACACACAUGCCCGCUGUCCAGUGAGAACAGCCAUAACUCUUUGAUUUUCUAUAUGCUCAAAAUGAGAAAGCUACUGAACACUAUGACGUUGCUCCGUGGCAACAAAAUAAACGCUGGGAACUGUGGGUUGGUGGAUGAUAAUUCGCAUAGAUUAUUAGCUUACCUGCUAUUCAUACGUUUAUUUCCUAUCUUACCGAGUUGGUUACUCAAUAUUGUUGCACCAUUUCUCAAUAUUCCUCUUUUCAUAUUUGCUUUAUCCGCUUUCAUCGGUUAG